AUGACAAACUCUACAGGCGCUUCCUCAUUCCCAACUCGACGCCGCGCCUGGCUAGCUUGCACAACAUGUCGGGCUCGCAAAACCCGUUGCGACGCCGGAAGACCAAGGUGCAGUCUCUGCGUCGAGCGCAACGUCGAAUGCGUCUAUGCCGAUUCCCAGCAGUUGCGGAUAGACCCGGGUACCAAGAUAUUGCUGGAUCGGAUACAGGCUCUCGAGGACAGGAUAUUUGCAUCGCCGCCAGCAGCGUCCAGAGCCGAGCAUUUGAACGGUAGUCGAACUGCAGCAGCAGCAUCACCACCCUCACAUCAACUCCCACAACGUCACGCAAUCCCCAACGACUCUGAACCGGAAUCAAGUAUUCCAGUCCCACUAAGUCACACCGCCAACGCCAACCACGUCCUCAACUGGCCCCAUGUCCGCCAACUCCUGACACGCAUAGGCGCAGGUUCUGUCCCUCCACCAAGCCGACUCCAUUCCAACAAAGGCACAGACAUCUUCUUCUCUGGCCAGCUCGACGACCAAGAAGAUCUUCCCUCUGACACCUUGAACUGGCGUCUCUUCCAGGGGCAGAAUCUCCCCCGCGCAGCCGAACUGCUCGACAAACACCGCCAGUCUAUCCAAGCUUUUUUCGAAGGCGUCAACGUCUUCUUCCCUCUGUUGACCUACGCAGAGUCCUCGCAGCAGCUGGAAGAUGUCUUUGCCGCGGAACAGCUCUCUGGCGAGUACAGACGGCCGCCGUUGACCACGGCACAGUAUUGUCUGCUGCUCCUGUCCCUCUGCAUGGGUAAUUUGGUCCAGUCUGGUCUCACGCUUGUCGAGAGUCGGCAUGACCAUAAUGCGGAUGUGCAGCAAGUCUCGACACCGUUGGCAGACAACACCACGACACAAUUCUCCGAUAUGAGAAACGAACUGUGGUCAAAGGCUCAGUUACUAUUGGGAUAUGUGCUGCCGAGUCUCACCUUGGAGGCUGCGCAGUGCACAAUGCUGGCAAGUCUGUACAUGGGAUCCCAAGGCAAAGUCGCCCAAGCCUUCUCCUGGUCUCACACCACAUCCAUCAAAUGCGCAAUGCUAGCAAAACGGUACAUCCCCAAACACAUCAUCCAUCUUCACCCUUCUCCUAUCCCCCCAAAACAUAUUCCAUCUUCACGCUCCCAAUCUAACACCGGCAGAGCAUCCCUCCUCCCCAACCCAGAAUCCUUCUCCGAGUCCUUCCGCCGCCUCUACUGGCUAGCCUUCAUCCACGAAGGCGACUUUGUAUCCGAAAUCUCAAUCACACCCCCUUCCGGCAUCGCCUUGUACGAAGAAGUCGUCCCGUACCCCGAGCGAGGCGUCCUCGCCCACGACGACCAAGACCCCAAGCUUGCCCCCAGCGCCGAGUUCGUCGCCUUUCAAAUCAGCACCAACGCCGCUAUACGACGCUUCCUCAACCGCGUGCACAGCAUGAUUUACGACACCAAGGACCAGCUGCGCCUUAGUCACUCAACCUAUGUGCAGUGGUUGCUGCGCGUCACGGAAGACUUCUGGGCCUACCAGGACGACAUCUUCCACAACAUUCCCAACUUUCUGCUGCAGAGCCCUUCUCACCUGGGGAGCUAUUCCGUCAUUGAGUCGCCCCAUACGCCUGGCGAUUCCGACGCCCAUGCCUAUGGCAAUAAUCCGUGGAAUGUCCUCCGUCUGAAGGGUCGGUACUACGCCUGUCAGCAUAUUGUGCAUAGGCCAUUCGUGGAAUAUGUCUUGCUCAACGCGGAGCACUUACAUGACCACGCUGAGAAGGCGGCUAUUCUGAACCGCUGUCGAUUGUGUCUAGACGGCUGUGUUGGGUUCAUUCGCGUGUUUGAUACCCCCGUCGUCAACAGCAUGACUUGUCUUUUUGCAACGGGAAUGGCAACAUUUACAUACAUCCUCAUACUCAAGGUUGUGGGCAUGCACGAGGCGUUUCGAGACGUCUUGCCACAGGGGGUGGAAGAGGCCAUUGCAAUGGGGAAGCGCAACUUGCUGAGAUUUAGCCUCAGUAUACGGGAAUUUGAGUGGCAUCUACAACUUCUUGCGCAGUUGGAGGCGUCAGAGCUGUAA